UCCAAACAAGAUGGCGGCUGGUUGUUGAUGUCUAGCCAGCUAUUAGGGGCUCUGGGGUUUUUGAAAUAAUUUUCUUUGUGAUUGCAAAAAAUGGAGGAAGAGAAUAUAAAAGAAGGAUUCAUAUGCCCUGUGUGUAUGAAAGAAUUCAGCAUUCCAGCUCAACUCCAAACACAUUUUGAGGAUUUGCACUCGGAAGAUCAUGACGCGCUUCGACAAAUCCGGGGAAUGUUUCGAAAAACGAAGAAAAAAAUACUGAAGAAAAUUGAUAGUGAGAGCCAAGAUAGCAUUUCUGAACUACCACAGGACGAAGGCGAUGGAUCUAAUACCGUUCAUAGGGGAACAGAUCCAUUUUUAUGGGACUAUUUGGAGUUUGGUGCAUCAAGAAGUCACUUUAGACAGUUUAAAGAAAGACGAGAUGCAGAAAUUGACCGAUAUGUAGUUGAAACUAAUAAAAUAUUAAUACGACUUGAAAAGUUACUUAGGUCUGGUGUUCAUGUCCCAGACUCCCCUCUACCUGGAAACUUUAGUAGGAAAACCAAAGAAAAAAGUCUAGUACCAUGGAUAGCAGAUAGUGAAGUUAAAUUUUGUCCAAUAUGCAAGAAACAAUUCAAUGUUGCAAGAAGGCGGCACCACUGUCGUCUAUGUGGUGGAAUAAUGUGUGGAAAGUGUUCAAAAUCUAUAACUGUUCCUUUUGCUGUUCAGUUACUUAAGCUAGACAAGACUUCAGACAUUCCAAGAGGGAAAGGAAGAUCACGAGAUGAUGCAGAUGAGGCUGGCUUCAGAUCAUGUCAAGUCUGUGCUGAUCUACUGUACAGGCAUGAAAAACAAGAAAAAGAAAAGCAGAUCAAGCCUGCCAUAGUGCAGCUAUAUGAGAAAAUGAAAGAAUGCAUGGCAGAAGCAGAGAAGCUGUGUCCCGUCUAUAUAAAGAUGGCGGACUCGUUGAACCUUGGUGAUAUACAGUAUGACUUAGACGAAGCAGCUGAAAUAAGGAUUAAACUGAUAAAGAGAUACGAAAAAGUGGAUUUGAUAAGUAAGAAGAUUGGAACUCUUGGCUCUCAGGGUGACACACCACCCAGCGCACAAUUCUUGAAGCUUCAGCGAGGGAUGCGUGCUUUUGCCACUGGAUAUCUACAGGAAAACAUGUUCACAUUACCCAACCUACCACCUCGCGAUAAAGUAGCACAACUACAGCAAGAGAGAGCGGCUUACAUGGCGGCAAGAGCUGCAGAAGAGAAGGCAGAAAGAGAAAGAGCCAUGCAAAGGAGGCUGGAGUCUUCUAAAGUACAUCAGAGACAAAAUAGCGGUGACUUUAGACAUGAUCCUGCGAACAGUCGUGUAACUAGACAGCGGAGUGGUUCUCAAGUUGGGGAGGGCUGGGGACCAGUUUCUCUCAAUAAUGUAGACUCUUCCCCAGACCCCAUACUACAACAAAUGGAAAUUAUCAGGAAUUACAUCAAACAAGCCAAACAGGCAAAACGACUGGACGAGGUACAGACAUUGGAAAAAAACUUAUUGGAACUUGAAGCCGAAUACAAUAAAAACCAACAAUGAAAAUCAAUAUUAAAUCAAUAUUAGAAAGGAAUAUUAGAAAUUCUAACUGGCCGGAUCCAGACCAAUAAUAAUAGCAUUUAAUUAUAGAUAAUUUACAUGGAAAGGUUUAGACUAAAAAAAAUUAUAGAAUCUUGAAGAAAUUGUGUUGUCUUGGGAAUUGGUAUCAUUCAUUACUCAUUCGGUAAAUGCCGUUGUUUUAUAACUGAAGACUUAUCUGCACAUGCCUAGCCUCGUCUAAGGGCAAACCAUUUGCAAAACUCAACUGUAAUGUAAAAACUGUGCAAUACCAAUGUUUUGACAACUCGCGUCACAGGUAGCCCAAGCUUGGUUUCUGUGGUGUCCUGUUAUAAGGAAAUGUAUGGGGAAUCAUCAA